CUGGCCUUAUUUUAUAGACAUGGCGGCCAACAGGCAGUUUAUCUCCAGACGAUCGGUUGUUGUCAGUUCUAACGGAAGUGUGGCCAGCAGUCAGCCUUUAGCAUCUCAGAUUGGACUCGAUAUCUUGAAACGUGGUGGUAACGCCGCUGACGCUGCUGUAGCGGUUGCCGCAGCUCUGAACGUGACGGAGCCUUGCUCCACGGGAAUCGGAGGUGACGCCUUCUGUCUCUUUUAUGACGCCAAAACAAAGACGGUGAAAGGACUCAACGGGAGUGGCCGAGCUCCAAGUGGGCUGACCCUGGAGCUGCUGUCUAACCAAGGGUUCACAUGCUCCAGUCCGUUUCCACAAUGUCACGCACACUCGGUGACAGUGCCAGGAGCGGCGGCAGCAUGGGUGGACACACUGCAGCAAUUCGGCUCCAACAGACUGUCUAUGCGUGACGUUUUGGAGCCUGCCAUUGAACUGGCGGAAACCGGAUUUCCUGUGCAAGAGUGUGUUGCACAUUUUUGGGCAAAGAGUGCAGAUUUGUUGAAAGACCCAAAGAAUGUUCAUGGCAAAGACAUGCUGAUUGGUGGGGAGGCUCCCAAACAUGGGCAAGUCAUGAAAAUGCCACACUUGGCGCGGACAUUAAGGUAAGAACUAUAAAUAGUUCACUUGGCGCGGACAUUCAAGGAAGUUGCAGAUCACGGAAAACAAGGUUUUUACACAGGCAGAGUGGCUAAAGCUAUAGUUCACACUGUUCAAGAACAUGGCGGCUGUAUGACCCUUGACGACCUGGCAUCACACGUGACCACAUUCGACGAACCAAUCAGCAUUGACUACCGUGGUUAUCGUGUUUGGGAGAUGCCGCCGAAUGGCCAAGGAAUUGUUGCAUUGCAAGCCCUGAACCUGCUUAAGGGUUUUGACUUUAAAGAUAAGAAGCCGAACUCAGCCGAAUACCUGCAUCUACUGAUCGACUGUCUCCGCCUCAGCUUCGCCGACUGUCGGUGGUACUGCGCCGAUACCAGCAAGACGUCUGUCCCCAUCACAGACUUACUGUCCGAUAGAUAUGCAGCACAACGGAGAAAACUCAUUAAUAUUUCAAGAGCCCAAGUCGACGUGAAGAGGGGGUCGCCGACGUCGUCGAGUGACACCGUGUACUUCAGCACGGCGGACAAGCACGGCAACGCCUGCUCCUUCAUCAACAGCAACUACAAUGGCUUCGGUACGGCGCUAGUCCCGGAGGGCUGUGGUUUUACACUGCAGAAUCGUGGAUAUGGCUUUUCCUUGGAUCCAUCUCAUCCAAAUCGAUUAGAACCCGGAAAGCGUCCAUACCACACUAUAAUACCAGGAAUGAUGACGUCAUCGAAAACAGGAGAGCUGCUGUGCAGUUUCGGCGUGAUGGGAGCCUUCAUGCAGCCCCAGGGCCACGUGCAGGUGCUGAUGAACAUGAUCGAAUUCGGUAUGAACCCCCAGGAGGCGCUCGACCAACCCAGAGUGUGCAUCGGAACUGGCGACGGAGCAAACAGCCCGGUAUUACUAGAAGAUGGUAUAUCAAAUGACGUCAUUGACCAGCUGCGUGUGAUGGGUCACGACGUGUCGGGUCCAGUGUGCGGCUGGGACAGGGCUGUGUUCGGGCGGGGACAGAUCAUCUCCAGAGGGGCGUGGUGGAGCGGAAACGGGUGUGGCGACCCCGUGUAUUGGUCAGGAUCGGACUGUAGGGCAGACGGCCAGGUUGCUGCGUACUAGAUGUUAGUGGUAGGAAUCGGUUAUAAUUUGAUCAUCGAUCAUCGCUUAUAAUCGGUUAUCGGCGCUCGAACAGUAAACCACUUAUCCACCGGCCUUUAUGGCUUACUGUCAGGCCGAUCAACUUUCGAUUAGACAGUUGGUUAGAAUUAUGUGAUCAUAAGAUAAAUUUGAAAUUAUAAGGACCAUCGUACAUGGAUCAGGAUGGCUAAUUAUUUAAUGAUUAUUUUAAUAUCUUUUUUCGUCAUAUAUACAUUAAAACAAACAUCGACUCCAACAUAUUGACAUCAAUUUUAUCAUCUGAACUGGAGGAACAGUUAGUUCACAUUCCCCCACACAAUCGAUUAUGGAUUUUUAUAAUCGAUCAUGAUAUUAGUAGAGCCAAACCGAUUACGUUUCAAUUAUAAUCGAUAAUUGGAACAUCACUAUUUACUAGAUGUUGAAAUGGUUUUCACUUCAUAUAUUUAAUUAAAGACGCAGCAUAAAUUAUGCCGGAGAAAGCAUUUAAUAUUGAAUCAUAGAUGAUUGUAACUGGCAGAGUCGAGAAAUACUAAAUUGUAACCUUUUUUGUUGUUGUAAAAUUGUAGAAUAAAUAAUAAUGCUAA